AUGCAAGAGGACACUGAACGAGGCACAGACACCACAAGGCAGGAAGACACUAAACAAGGCACAAACACAGCAAGGCAAGAGGACACUGAACGAGGCACAAACACCACAAUGCAGGAGAACAGUGAACGAGGCACAAACACAACAAGGGAAGAGGACACUGAACGAGGCACAGACACCACAAGGCAGGAAGACACUAAACAAGGCACAAACACAGCAAGGCAAGAGGACACUGAACGAGGCACAAACACCACAAUGCAGGAGAACAGUGAACGAGGCACAAACACCACAAGCAAGAAGACACUGAACGAGAAACAAGCACAACCAGGCAAUAAAUCACUUAACGAGGCAAAAACACCACAAGGCAAGAGGACACUGAACGAGACAAAAACACCACAAGGCAAGAAGACACUGAACGAGGCACAAACACCACAAGGCAAGACGACACUGAGCGAGGCAGAAACACCACAAGGCAGGAAGACACUGAACGAAGCACAAACACCGCAAGGAAAGAGGACACUGAACGAAGCAAAAACACAACAAGGCAAGAAGACACUGAACGAGGCACAAGCACCACAAGGCAGGAGAACACUGAACGAGGCACAAACACAACAAAGCAAGAAGACACCGAACGAGCAACAAGCACCACAAGGCAAGAGGACAUUGAACGAGGCACAAACACCACAAGGCAAGAGGACACUGAACGAGGCACUAGCACAACAAGGCAAGAGGACACUGAACGAGGCAUUAACACAACAAGGCAAGAGGAAUCUGAACGAGGCACAAGCACAACAAGGCAAGAGGACACUGAACGAGGCACAAACACCACAAUGCAGGAGGACACUGAACGAUGCACAAACACCACAAGAGAAGAGGACACUAAGCAAGGCACAAAGACCACAAGGCAAGAGGAUACUGAACGAAGAACAAACACCACAAAGCAAGAAGACACUGAACGAGGCACAAACACAACAAGGCAAGAGGACAUUGAACGAGGCACAAACACCACAAGGCAAGAGGGAACUGAACGAGACAAAAACACCACAAGGCAAGAAGACACUGAACGAGGCACAAACAACACAAGGCAAGACGACACCGAGCGAGGCACAAACACCACAAUGCAGGAGGACACUGAGCGAGGCACAAACACAACAAGGCAAGAGGACACUUAACGAGGCACAAACACCACAAGGAAAGUGGUCACUGAACGAAGCACAAACACAACAAGGCAAGAAGACACCGAACAAGGCACAAACACAACAAGGCAAGAAGACACUGAACGAGGCACAAGCACCACAAGGCAAGAGGAAACUGAACGGGGCACAAACACCACAAGAAUACACUGAACGAGGCACAAGCACAACAAGGCAAGAGGACAUUGAACGAGGCACAAACACAACAAGGCAAGAGGACACUGAACGAGACAAAAACACCACAAGGCAAGAAGACACUGAACGAGGCACAAACAACACAAGGCAAGACGACACCGAGCGAGGCACAAACACCACAAGCCAGGAAGACACUGAACAAAGCACAAACACCGCAAGGAAAGAGGACAAUGAACGAAGCACAAACACAACAAGGAAAGAAGACACCGAACAAGGCACAAACACAAUAAGGCAAGAAGACACUGAACGAGGCACAAGCACCACAAGGCUAGAGGACACUGAACGAGGCACAAACACAACAAGGCAGGAGGACACUGAACGAAACCCAAACCCCACAAGGCAAGAAUACACUGAACGAGGCACAAGCACAACAAGGCAAGAGGACAUUGAACGAGGCACAAACACAACAAGGCAAGAAGACACUGAACGAGGAACAAGCACAACACGGCAGGAGGACACUGAACGGCAAGAAGACACUGAACGAGCAACAAGCACCACAAGGCAAGAGGACAUUGAACGAGGCACAAACACCACAAGGCAAGAGGACAUUGAACGAGGCACUAGCACAACAAGGCAAGAGGACACUGAACGAGGCAUAAACACAAUAAGGCAAGAGGAAUCUGAACGAGGCAUAAGCACAACAAGGCAAGAGGACACUGAACGAGGCACAAACACCACAAUGCAGGAGGACACGGAACGAUGCACAAACACCACAAGAGAAGAGGACACUAAGCGAGGCACAAAGACCACAAGGCAAGAGGAUACUGAACGAAGAACAAACACCACAAGGAGGAUACUGAACGAGGCACAAACACAACAAGGCAAGAGGACACCUGACGAGGCACCAACACCACAAGGAAAGAGGACACUGAACGAAGCACAAACACAACAAGAGGACACUGAACGAGGCACAAACACCACAAGGAAAGAGGACACUGAACGAAGCACAAACACAACAAGGCAAGAAGACACCGAACAAGGCACAAACAUAACAAGGCAAGAGGAAUCUGAACGAGGCACAAGCACAACAAGGCAAGAGGACACUGAACGGGGCACAAACACCACAAUGCAGGAGGACACGGAACGAUGCACAAACACCACAAGAGAAGAGGACACUAAGCGAGGCACAAAGACCACAAGGCAAGAGGAUACUGAACGAAGAACAAACACCACAAGGAGGACACUGAACGAGGCACAAACACAACAAGGCAAGAGGACACCUGACGAGGCACAAACACCACAAGGAAAGAGGACACUGAACGAAGCACAAACACAACAAGGCAAGAAGACACCGAACAAGGCACAAACACAACAAGGCAAGAAGACACUGAACGAGGCACAAGCACCACAAAGCUAG